UAUGAAACACAAGCGUAUUUUUCUUUCGUCAAGAAUCAACGAAUAAAUUAGAAAAUGUCAGAGCGACUAAACGCUACGACGUUACUGAUGACCCGUUACUUUGAAAUACGAAUAUGGUGCUUGUGCUGCAUACUGUUGCCUGGGAUUGGAUGUUGGGGGAGACGUCAUCCAUACAAAUACAUAAGUCCACACAGAUCAACAUGAAUCCGAACAAGAUUUGCACUCUGACUUUCUCCUUUUCCCUGGCCACCUGUUAGCCUGCCUAACGCCAGACCUCAUCUCAAUCUACAUUUAGAAGAGUUUUGGGAACCACACAUUCAUUUUCUCCUAUUUGAGGCGUGGUUUACGAUUGCCUUGAGCCAGUUAUGGGGCGCUAUGAAUGUCUAUCACAUGAGUCUGUCCGUAGCUCAUGGCCAAUCGUAUCAAUUAUACCAGAUGACGUACGUAGAGCAACAGAAAUUCGAUGAGGAAGAAGAAGAUGUAACAUAUAACAUAACAUAUAUUUAUAAAGAUUUUAUGACAGUUCUGUUCUCAAUCUAGUUAUCAGUGGGGGCAAUACAUACCGUACAUGCUAUUUUAAUUGGCUUUUUCAGGAGGUAUAAACCAUAAUGAGUAAAGAAUACAUUUAAUCUGUGACCAGAACAUUUUCUUAAAUUAAUUCUGCCUGCAACCCAAACCAAUAAAAUAUCAGGAUAUACAAUAUUGAAAAGGUAAGAACAAAAGUAGCCUAAAUAGGAAAGAAUUCUGUAAAGGCCCAAAUCCUUUUAUCUUUGUCCCACCCAACAGUUCUUGUCGCUAUGACAACAAACAGGGUAGAUAUUUGAUCAGAUAGGAUUUCAGGCUAAAUGCAGCUGCUAGUGUAGGUCUACUGUACUUUUGGAAGCUUGGUAAUUUUAUCCGAUAGGUGGAGGCAAAACACUAUUCAGAGAAUCAAAAUGGACUGCCUCCCCCCUUCCAGACAGACUACACCAACACCACCCGAUAAAAAAAAUCCAUAUUUUGUUGAUAUCUCAGAUCAAGCUCAAGCCUCCAUCUUCCAGUCAGAAAUGAUUGUUAGCCAUAUUCUGCAUGAGAUAGUAAUUAUCUUCAUUCUCUGUCUGUUCGAGGUCAAAGGCAUCGAGUUUCAGGAGUCCGGUCCCAAGAUGGUACCGGACGAGAAGGCAGAGGUCGUGAUCACCUGUAGCCAUAACGACAGCUCUCGGCCUCUGAUGCUGUGGUACCAGCAGAAACAGGGCUCGGGUCCCUUGGUCUUGCUGGGUUAUAACUAUGGAGCCACUACAUCCAACUAUGAGGACGGCAUUAAAGAGCAGUUUGAGAUCAAAAUGGACGACAGGCAGAGCGGAUCCCUGGCAGUUCGGGAGGCAAACGUGACACACACGGCGGUUUACUUCUGCGCUGCUGUCAAGGUCAAAGUCAUCGAGUUUCAGGAGUCCGGUCCCAAGAUAGUACCGGACGAGAAGGCAGAGGUCGUGAUCACCUGUAGCCAUAACGACAGCUCCCGGCCUCUGAUGCUGUGUACCAGCAGAAACAGGGCUCGGGUCCCUUGGUCUUGCUGGGUUAUAACUAUGGAGCCACUACAUCCAACUAUGAGGACGGCAUUAAAGAGCAGUUUGAGAUCAAAAUGGACGACAGGCAGAGCGGAUCCCUGGCAGUUCGGGAGGCAAACGUGACACACACGGCGGUUUACUUCUGCGCUGCUGUCAAGGUCAAAGUCAUCGAGUUUCAGGAGUCCGGUCCCAAGAUAGUACCGGACGAGAAGGCAGAGGUCGUGAUCACCUGUAGCCAUAACGACAGCUCCCGGCCUCUGAUGCUGUGUACCAG